UCCGUGGCGGCGUACUUGAUGUUGAUGUCAUCGCCAGGCAGGUGGAAGCUCCGGUUUGACGAGCUAUUGGUCCGCCGAAGACAAAGACGAAGCAGCCGGCUGAAAAUAGUCUGUUAUGGGCAUAUUCCGGUGAAUUGGCUUGCUUUGAACCGACGAAAGGAACAUUUUGUAUGGGAUGUAUGAGGCAUGUCUAACGAUAAAGUGGGAAAACUCCAGAGAAAGUGCGCGGCCGUAGUUUGACGUUAAUGGAAGCGGUGACGUAAGCAGAUAUGCCAGCUGACGACAAGGUUGCUAUCCUCACAGAUGAUGAGGAGAAGCCAAAGAACAAGUAUGCAAUGGCGGAAGCCUUCGCCUCACUGUCGCUGCAACAGAGGAGUGCUCCAUCCACGCCCUCCGCCGCCGACCUGUCCGAGCCGCCCGCGGACUCGCCGCCUGACUCUCUCGACUGUUGUCAGAGGAUGUGUCUGCGAAUCAACAGUCACCUCCUCAUCUCCAAAGUCUUCUACUUCUUCUUCUACGCCGCUUAUGGCUCACUGCACCCGCUGCUUGCCGUCUACUAUAAGCAGCUGGGAAUGUCCGCCAGUCGCAGCGGCCUCCUGGUCGGCAUCCGUUACUUCAUAGAAUUCUGCAGCGCUCCUUUCUGGGGUGUGAUGGCGGACCGCUUUAAGAAGGGAAAGGCGGUGCUGCUGUUCUCGGUUUUCUGCUGGUUGGUGUUCAACUGCGGCAUUGGCUUUGUGAAGCCGGCUGACAUGAAAUGUGUGGAGAAGGGAGCUGAUGUGACGGUGGCGCCCACCGUUACCACUCCAGGAAACUUCACGCUGGACAACAACUCCACUAUCCGGGUUCGCCGCAGCUGGCUUCCCGAGUUCCCGAUCUCCAUAUUCCAAAGAAGCAUCGAUGACACAUCGCUCUCUAUUAACACCACCGACAGCACCACAACAACCGCUGUUCCUGCUCCCACCGGUACCAAGGAGUACCAGAUAAUCUACGACAACAUCCAAGUGGAGAACAUUUUCCUGAUUAUUCUGCUUGUCAUCAUCGUUGGCGAGUUUUUCAGCGCUCCGGCUGUCACCAUUGUGGACACGGUCACACUGCAGUACUUGGGCAAGGCCCGCGACCGCUACGGGUUGCAGAGGAUGUGGGGUUCUCUGGGCUGGGGGCUCGCCAUGCUGCUGGUGGGCAUUUGGAUCGACCACACGCACAUCUCCGUGGUCAUCGACAGCGUUGGCUGCAUCGUGCCCGACUUCCGCCUCCGCAACUAUCAGAUUGCCUUCAUCGUCUUCGGUGUGCUGAUGGGUGCAGCUUUCGUCGUUGCCACACAGUUCUAUUUUGAAAAAGGCGGUGACUAUCUGCGAGAGGUUCCCGAGGGCGCGGCAGAGGGAACACCCGAGGUGGACCCGACCACCAUCAGCACCGACGUCAGUCAGGAGUUCCACUACAGUGACCUUCUAAGGCUGUUGUGCAGCGUGCGCUACAGUUCGGUUCUAUUUGUGGCGUGGUUCAUGGGUUUCGGCUACGGCUUUGUCUUCAGCUUCUUGUACUGGCACCUGGAGGACCUGCAAGGCACAUACACGCUGUUUGGCGUCUGCUCCGUCUUGAGUCACGCCUCGGAGCUCGCCGCCUACUUCACCAGUCACAAGUUCAUUGAGCUGGUGGGACACAUCAGGGUGCUGUACAUUGGCCUGGCUUGCAACACGGCACGCUACCUCUACAUCUCAUACCUGCAGAAUGCCUGGACUGUGCUGCCCAUGGAGAUCCUUCAAGGUGUGACGCACGCCUCUGUUUGGGCAGCUUGUAUCUCCUUCUUGAGCGCUGCAGUCCCACCGGAUCUCAGGACGUCGGCGCAGGGCAUCCUACAGGGGCUUCACCUCGGGCUGGGCCGUGGCUGUGGGGCCAUGGUUGGGGGGUUGCUGGUUGGUUACUUUGGUGCUGCUGUAACAUUCCGCGGGAUUGGCAUGGCCUCCUUGGUCAUUCUCCUCAUCUUCACCCUCAUCCAGUGUCUGACACGCGAAAUAGAGGGAAAUGAGGACAAAAUGCUGGCAGAGAACAUCCCAGUCCCCUCAAGCCCUGUUCCUAUUGCCACCAUUGACUUGGUAGAGAGCCAGGGCACCAACAUCAACCUCCAGGUUGCCCCAGUUACUCUGAAAAAGACCAAGUACCAAGAGGAACAAGAGGAUGUAGCUCGACCAGCCUGGGUGCUCUCCGGUGCCCCCUGGGUCACCAUCGCCUUCGCCAUUGUCCAGAUUAGAGAGAUGCUCACCAUGGUAAAGAGUGGCAAGCUGCCGCAGGAGACUCAGCCGCUGCAGAUGAACCAGCGGUUGCUCCGUUCCUGCAGAGAGGUUCCUGAUGACCAAGCAACACACAGAGACCCAGGCGAUUGUGGCGCCACACCCGCCCCCGGACUGCCAACACAACAAAGCCCCGCCUCCCCAAACUGCAACAAAGACCAGAGGCAGAUGGAGUCACAAGUAGGCGACGUUGCACCAAAAGUACUUGUUGACUGAGCGGAUUUACAGUAUCUCAACUUCCUGUCGCGUCAGUCCACCCUUUAUGACUGUUAAGCCUUCCUGUUGAUAACAAGUGCCUCUUUAGUAAAAGUGUAUAAAGUGAUGUAAAUUAAGUUUAAUUUAAGUUAAAUCUAUUUUUGUUCUUUUUCCGAACUAAGAAAGAAUGAUAAUGAAGUGUAAAAAAAAAAAAAGUGUUAAUGACUGCUCACAGAGCGAGAAGAUUCACAACCAUGAAGUACAAAUCAAUAUAACUAGAAACCAUAGGAUAACUUUGCCAAAAAAUACUGAAAAACAAAAAAGUAGUGACAGGUGAACCAGGAAUAAAAAGUUUGACGAGGCCAAAAGGCCAGCUAGGAUGGAGUAAUGAGGCAGGCAGAAAGACCUACCGUAUUUUUCGGACUAUAAGUCGCAGUUUUUUUCAUAGUUUGGCCGGGAGUGCGACUUAUACUCAG